AAUCUGUGGUUGUCAUUUGUCAACGAUAUCACUUUUGUAAAUGUCAAAAAUUGCAGAAAUGUUCUGUUUCCCAAUUUAAAAAACACUAUAAAACUCUGCUAUAAAACACAGGGAACCGUAUGGAUCAAAUGUAAGCAGCUGCUGCGUGGAAAUUUUGUGUAGAAAUGCAUAUAUCGAAACUAAUUUUUACACAUAGUUAAAGAUACAGUUACAUUUAGGGUUUUUUAUUUAUUUAUAUCAAGCUUUACGGGUCUGGAACUAAAUCAUCGAUGAUAAUGGAGAAAUUGAAAAGUAUUGGUACUGUCCCCAAAAAAUCCCGUCUAGAAAUGAAUGUACGGCAACUCCUGAAUAAGUGCGAAUUGAUUGCAAAACAAGAAUGCAUCGACGGAAACUGGAGGCUGAAGAAAUAUGUGGAAGCUUUAAACGAUAUGAUCACAGAAUUGAAAACUGGACCAGAUAAACCUUCAAAGGAUUGUUUGGCUGAAUAUACUAAGAGAGCAACAUUUCUCAAAGGAGUAGUGCAAACCGCCACACUGAACAGUCCAAUAGAAAAAUUAGAAGCUGUCCAGCAACUAUCACAUGGUGCAGCUACUAUGUCAGCCGAUGCAUCAGCACAAGAAAUACAUCAGAAAACGGUAGUCAAAUAUGGAGUUGAGUUACGUUCAGAACUCUUUGGCCUUGAGGACAGUGAUGAAUCAUUACGCAAACGUAACAUAAUCAAAGCACCAAACUUCACCAGCAAUAGUACAAGCCAAGAAGAUAUUGACUCUAUUCUCAAGUACCAUCAGAAUAUGCAAGAAAAAGUUGCCGAAAAUAUGGUGUUACUGACAAAAAGUCUGAAAGAACAAUCACAAAUUGCAAGCACUAUAAUUAGAGGAGAUACUGAAGCAUUGAAAAAGUCGUCAGAGCUGACAGAUCGUAAUGUAAUGUCUCUCAAAGUGGAGUCAGAGAAACUGCAAGAGCACAGUCGCAGCGCAUGGAAAUGCUGGCUUUGGAUUAUGCUGGCUAUUGUUAUGGUUAUCUUUAUAAAUAUGGUACUCUUCAUGAAGGUGAUGAAAAAAAGGAAAUUUGAGUUGUAAGCCAGUUAGGCUAAGUGUGGAAAAAGAAGCCUGUCAACAUAGAACACAGAACGAUCCCAGCAUUGAAUGCGCAUGCAAUAUGUUGAAGUCAGCAGCUCUGUUACUACACUGGUUAAUUGCAAGCAUAUUCACAGUGAGGCAAAGUCAUUCGUCCACAUCCAGUGUAAGAAGACCAUAACUUCUUCUGAUCAUGAAUGAGACAACCCGGGCUAAGUCUGUAUUUUUAUCUUAAUAUGUAUAAGUGAUAUACUUAUUUAUUAUAGUGUAAAUUAAUGUGAUGUAUCCAUAACAUGAAUUUAGAAUUUCUAGUAGGUGGGGAUGCGAAAAAUGAAAAGCCCACAAGAAUUUUCAAUUACACAUUGUUAUAUUUAGUUUUGAGAGUAAAAAUAUAAAUUACACUAUUGAAUAUAUUCCAUUACGCGAUAAAUACUAAUGUGCCACAUUUGGUCCAUUAUUUAAUGUUACUAUAAUAGCUACAACUGGCAAGAAUAAUUAAGUUUAAGAAUAAAUAGCAUUAUAAAUAUAAUAAUUACACGAA